AUGGCAGCCAACGAAUCACAGUUGCCCGCCACGCCUCCAGAGCAGCAUGCCACCUUCCGCGAGAAGGUCGAAGACGCGUUUCAAUCCGUGGUCGGCGUGAUCAAGGCUACUACAGCACCCCUGCCAACCAAGACUGGCGAUGGAUCUUACAUUGCAAAUACAAAGCCCACUGGGCUUCUGACGGACCUGGUAAAUCUACGGCCGGGCGAUGUCUCGACCUUGAUAGCUCAGGCUAAGUCCACAUUGACCGGUGAUCCUGUGAACGACAAGACUUACCUCAUGGAAAGGCUCUUAAAGUUGGCAAGCGAGCUACCGGCGAAUAACAAAGAGGCCGGUAUACUCAACAAUGAGAUUGUCCAGCAGUUGUACGAUAAUCUUCAGCACCCUCCACCUGCACAGCUUGGCAACGAAUACAGGUAUCGAGCCGCCGAUGGCUCAUUCAAUAACACUAUGGCUCCUCAAGUAGGAGCUGCAAAUACCCAUUAUGCCCGCAGUGUGCGUCCGCAGACCGUGCAAAAUGCAGACCUUCCGGAUCCCGGAGAUUUAUUCGACAAUCUGAUGGCUCGGGACCGGUUCAAGCCUCAUCCUGCCAAGCUCUCCAGCAUGCUUUUCUAUCUCGCAUCUAUCAUCAUACAUGAUCUAUUCCGUACGGACCGCUGGGACACUACCAAGACGAAGACAUCUUCAUAUCUGGAUCUGGCGCCCCUGUAUGGUUGCGAUCAGACGGAGCAGGAUGCGAUGCGUACCUUCAAGGACGGCAAAAUUAAAUCUGACUGCUUCAGCAACAAGCGCAUUCUGGGAUUUCCACCUGGGGUUGGCGCUAUGCUAAUAAUGUUUAAUCGCUUCCACAACUAUGUGGUGGACCAGCUUGCGUCAAUCAACGAAGCCGAUAGAUUCGCAAAACCCAAAGAUGAUGCAGACAAGACAGCCUACACCAAAUACGAUAACGAUCUGUUCCAGACUGCUCGUCUUAUCAACUGUGGUCUAUACGUCAAUUGCAUUCUGAAAGACUACGUAAGAACAAUAUUGAAUCUCAACAGGACCGACAGCGACUGGGAUCUUGACCCUCGGACAGUCACACUUACUGGCCCGACCGCCAAUGGUACUCCAGGUAAUCAAGUCUCUGCAGAGUUCAACCUCGUCUACCGAUGGCACGCAUGCGUAUCCGAAAAGGAUGACAGGUGGACCCAGGAGGAGUAUGCGAGACUAUUUGACGGGAAAGACCCAAGCCAAGUCAACAUGACACAAUUUCUCACAGGCCUUGGCAUAUGGGAAUCUGGCCUUUCCUCCGAUCCCCAAGAACGCCCGUUCGCUAACCUCCAGCGUUCCGCAGAUGGGAGUCUGGAUGACGAUGCACUGGUCAAAAUUCUCGCCGACGGAACCGAAGACGUGGCUGGUGCUUUUGGCUCGACAAACGUUCCGGCCAUUCUCAAAGCCGUCGAGAUCCUCGGAAUCAAACAAGCACGAUCGUGGAACUUGGCUACUCUUAACGAGUUUCGAGCCUUCUUCAACUUGGAAAAGCACACAUCGUUCGAAAGUAUCAACAGUGAUCCAAAAAUUGCUGAUGCGCUCAAGCACUUCUACGAUGAACCCGACCUCGUCGAAUUAUAUCCCGGUCUGGUAGUUGAAGAGGCUAAACCUCUAACGGAUUUCGAAGCUGGCAGUGGCCUUUGCACCGACUACACUAUCUCUAGAGCUGUACUUUCUGAUGCUGUGGCCCUCAUACGUGGAGACAGAUUUUACACAGUCGACUAUACCCCCAAUAACCUGACCAAUUGGGGCUUCCACGAGGCCUCGUCGGAUGUGACAGUGGACCAUGGCCAUGUGUUCUACAAGCUCUUCCUGAGAGCAUUCCCAAAUCAUUUCCAGCCAAAUUCGAUUUACGCGCACUACCCCUUGGUCGUCCCGGAAGAGAACCAUGUCAUUCUGUCUAAGCUUGAACAGGUGGACAAGUACGACUUUGGCAGACCAGCUCCCAUACAACAGCCAACGCUGAUUACAUCUUACGCUGCUUGUAAAUCCACUCUCGAAAAUCAGCAGAAUUUCAAGGUUACCUGGGGCAAGGCAAUCAAAUAUCUCAUGCACAACAGUGGUAAAGAAUUUGGAGCUGAUUUCAUGCUCUCUGGAGACGCGCCUGUCAAUGCCAAAUCACGCCGUGUGAUGGAUACUGCCCUGUACCACAACAAGUGGGAGGACGAGGUCAAACUUUUCUACGAGAAAAUCACGCUCCAGCUUCUCCGCGAGAAGUCUUCCAAGGUUUCUGGGACAAACCAGGUUGAUAUAAUUCGAGAUGUCGGCAAUCUAGCUCAAGUACAUUUUUCUGCAGAGGUCUUCUGCCUUCCAUUGAGGACGGCGAAGAAUCCGACAGGGGUGUAUACUGAAAGCCAACUCUAUAGCUUAAUGGCUCUAGUGUUCAUCUGCAUCUUCUUUGAUGUAGAUCCCGCCAACAGCUUUCCUCUUCGCCAAGCCGCACGCACACUCACUCAGCUUCUUGGUGAGAUAAUGGAAACGUUGGUCAUACCCGAGGCCAAGGAACCAGCCGUUUUAAAUACCAUCCUCGGCUUCUUUCACAAGCACAGCGCACUGAGUGAAUAUGGCUUGCACAUGAUUCAUCAAUUGUUCAAGAGCGGCCUCUCGACGAAAGACAUUAUCUGGUCUCAAAUCUUGCCAACUGCGGGUGGUAUGAUAGCCAACCAAGCCCAGUUGUUCGCCCAGAAUCUUGACUUCUACCUCGAACCCGAAAAUGCCGGACAUCUGAAAGAGAUCAAUAGGCUGGCUAAGCUCGACACCCCGGAAGCCGAUGACUUGAUCCUUCGCUAUUUCAUGGAAGGCACUAGGAUGAGGGCCACGGUUGGCGUGUAUCGCGAUGUAGCAACAAUGGCAACCAUACAGGACGGCGACAGAAAGGUCCAUGUGAUCCCCGGGGACAAAGUCUUUGUAGACUGUGUCACAGCAUCUCAAGAUCCACUCGCCUUUCCAGAGCCAGAAACUGUCAAGCUCGACAGACCCAUGGACUCGUAUAUCCACUACGGCCAGGGACCACACCAGUGUUUGGGGUAUGGAGUGAGCAAGCUAGCUAUGAUGACGAUGCUGAAGACGGUGGGCAAGCUCGACAACCUGAGAAGAGCGCCAGGGACACAGGGACAGAUUAAAAAGAUUGCCGGCCCAGGAGGCGUCACCCUAUAUAUGACUGCGGAUCACUCGAGAUACUUUCCUGUCCCAACUACGAUGAAGGUGCGGUGGGAUGGAGAUCUGCCACCGGAGAAAGCGUGA